AUGUCUAAAUACCUAGCACACCGUUGCGAUUAUAAUUCUUUUGAUUCUUUACUAAGUCCAAGCAUAAUUUCUAUUGGCAUCAGGAAUUCUCAGGCUUCCCGGGCUCGUGAAUCUUUCACAAAUUUUGAAUCAAACGAAAAAAUAGGCUCAGUCAUAACUCUCAUUGGAAGCACUUCUAAAGAAUCCCAUAUCCAUCAUAGAAAUGAUAUUGUAUCAAAAGGUUGCACAUGUACCAUAUAUUAA